AUGGACACCUGGGCACCGCAAGAAGCAGGUCUACAAGAGAUCCUCGUGACCAUACGCCAAUCUACCACGGAGCACGACCGCACAGUUCAGUCCCAGGUCACCCACAAAUUGAACAGCUUUACGCGCGCACCGGACUACAUCGCUUACCUCGCGCACAUCGUCGCUCAGGCCACGAGCGAGGAUACUCAGAUCCGAACCGUCGCCGCGUAUUUGUUGAAGAAUAACGCCAGACUUAUUCUCAACGCCGCGCCCAACGUUCGCGACUACUGCAAGGCGGCGGUCAUCCAUGCCUUUUUGAACACGAACUCUAUGCUUCGCACGGCUGCUGGCCAGGAUAUUGUCGCUUUCCUUGGUAUCCUUGAGCCGCGUGGAUGGCCCGAGUGCUUGAUGCAACUUGUCGGCAUGCUCGACGCACCUACAGAGGACGCCCAAGAGGCAGCGUUUAGCGUUCUCGAGAAGGCCUGCGAGGAUUACCCUCGCAAAUUGGACGUCGAGAUCAACGGUUCAUUCCCGUUGAACUUCAUGAUACCCAAGUUCUUGGUUUUAACGGAGCACACGAGCGCCAAGAUACGCGGACAUGCCGUUGCUUGCCUGUCGUACUUCGUACCCACCGGGUCCGCUUCACUCACGGCGCACAUCGAUCAGUUUAUUGCGUGCCUUUUCAAGCGCGCUGGUGACGAGGAUGGGACCGUCCGCCGACAUGUCUGUCAGGCGCUAGUUCUCUUACUCGCGAGCCGACCCGAGAAGCUGCUCCCGGAGCUACAGAACGUCGCGGAGUACAUGCUCUACUCGACCCGCGAUCGCAACGAACAAGUGGCGCUCGAAGCCUGCGAAUUCUGGCUCACUUUUGCCGAGGACCCUGAACUCAGCCAAUAUCUCCACCCGCUCCUCCCCCGUGUUGCGCCGGUACUCCUUGACUGUAUGGUCUACUCGGAGGACGACCUCCUCUGGCUGGACGGUGACGACGAAGACGCCGCUGUUCCGGACAGCGAACAGGAUAUCAAGCCCCGUCACUACGGCAGCGGGAAGUCGCACAUUGCCGAUCACGCUGAACAGCCGGGUGCCGACGGCGAGCGUCGCGUAGGUGCUUACGGAGAGGAGUUGCGCGGAAGUGGUCAGGACGAUUUCGAUGACGACGAGGAUGAUGAUGAGUUUGACGACGAGGACCUCAGCACGGAAUGGAACCUGCGCAAGUGCGCUGCCGCGGCCCUGGACGUCCUUGCUGUUCGCUUCGGCAUCGAUCUACUGAGCGUGCUUCUUGAGCCGUUGAAGACCAAGCUGUGGAAUCAGGACUGGAUGCAGCGCGAGAGUGCCAUCCUUGCUCUGGGCGCUAUCGCCGAAGGCUGCAUUGAAGCUAUCGAGCAGCACCUCCCGACCCUCGUCCCGUAUCUCAUCAACAGCCUGCAGGACCCGAAGCCUCUCGUUCGCUCGAUCACAUGCUGGACGCUCGGCCGCUACGCAAGUUGGUGUACCCAGGGAACGACGCAGGAGCACAAGGCGCAGUUCUUCGUGCCGACGAUGGAAGGGCUGCUGCGCAUGGUGCUUGACAACAAUAAGCGCGUGCAGGAGGCUGGCUGCUCGGCGUUCGCCACCCUUGAGGAGGACGCAGGCCCGGAGCUUGUCCCGUACCUCGAGCCGGUACUCCGCAAUCUUGUCUUCGCGUUCGAGAAGUAUCAACACAAGAACAUGUUGAUAUUGUACGACGCGGUCGGCACCCUCGCAGACGCUGUUGGAACUGCGCUCCAAAACCCGACAUACGUCGAUAUCUUGAUGCCCGCUCUCACGGGCAAGUGGGCGAAGCUCCGCGACGACGACAUGGAUCUCAUCCCGUUGCUUGAGUGCCUCGCAAGCGUGACGAUCGCCAUGGGCGAUGCGUUUGCGCCCUAUGCCGGACCGGUCUACGAGCGCUGCUUGAAUCUCGCGCGCUCCUCCCUGAUUGCGUAUCAGGCCUACCAGCAGAACCCUGACCUGGACGAGCCCGAUAGGACUUUCCUAGUCGUCGCGCUGGACCUUUUGUCGGGUCUGACGCAGGGACUCGGCAUGCAUCUCGCACCGCUCAUUGCACGAGAUGAGGCCGAUUUCUUCCAGGUCCUGGUCUUAUGCUUGAAGCACCCUCAGGCGCCCGUUCGCCAGAGCGCCUACGCUCUCGUCGGAGAUCUUGCGAUGACGACCUUCCCGAUCUUGCGCCCGCACAUGGCGGCCGUGAUGGCGGAGCUCGUGCAGCAACUCGACCCCGAGCCUAAGCUCGAGUUUGUCAGUGCGUGCAACAACGCUGCUUGGUCCGUCGGUGAGGUCGCGCUCCGCUAUGGUCGUGCCGACCCCGAGUUUGCGCAGUGGGUCCCCACACUUGUAGGACGGCUCGUUCCCAUUUUGCUCCACCCCAAGGCUCCGCGAUCACUACACGAGAACGCGGCAGUCAGCAUCGGCCGCAUCGGUCUCGUUCACCCCGAGAUCGUCGCACCUCUUCUUCCCGAGUUCGCGCAGGCGUGGUGCCAGGCCCUGUACGAGAUCAGGGAUAACGAGGAAAAGGACAGCGCGUUCCGUGGUCUGUGCACACUGGUGCAGCAUAAUCCGGCCGGCAUCACCAAGAGCCUGCUUUGGUUCUGCAACGCGAUUGUGAGGUGGCAGGCGCCGAGCGUGGAACUCAACGAGAUGUUCCGUGCAUUACUGCAGGGUUUCAAAGCCCACGACGAGCAGGGAUGGGCGGCGCAGGUUGCAAGUUUCCCCCCGGUCAUCCAGGCACGCCUGGCGGAACGCUAUUCCGUUUAA